UUGGAUGGGGACAUCAGGACCCAUGAGCAAAUUCCACCAGUUUUUUCAGGUCUCUACUCCCCACACCUUCUCUCCCAGCUCUGCUUCCAGAAUCCUCCAUGUGUUACUAAGAGCAGGAGAUGAUAAACAAAUCUGUGUUCUUCUGACUCAGGAUGAUACUCUGAAUUGCGGCGAUGGUGCCAUUACAGGAGAUGGUGACCUUUGAGGACGUGGCCGUGAGCUUCACCUGGGAGGAGUGGCAGGCCCUGGACGACGCUCAGAGGACCCUCUACCGGGACGUGAUGCUGGAGACCUACCGGAGCCUGGCGUCCCUGGCAGGGGGCUGCGUGACCAAACCUGAGGUGAUCAUCAGGCUGGAGCAGGGAGCAGAGCCGUGGACCGUGGAGGUGCCCCGAAACCAGGGCCUCUCAGAUGCCCAAACCGGGGGUGAGAAGAACCAGGGACACCAGGGCAGACAUGUCUGGAAAAUUGCCUUCACCCACUGCAAGUCAUCAACUAAGAGUACCAACAUAGGGGCGACAUAUAAUUUGGGCUCAAGCCAUGUUUCAGAAGUGAUUAUAAGUAACGGAAACUAUGCUGGAAUGAUGCCUGAGGCAUUUAAUAUAUGUAAGAAGAUGCUUCUCUCUGGUGAGCCUGGUGAGAUGCAUACUGAGGAGAAACAUGGGGGCCACAAUAUACCUGGGAAACCCCUCAGAUCCCCUGAACAUCAUGUUCUUCAUCACAUGGUUCAAACUGUGCAGCAGCCUUUUGAGCUUACUGGACAAGGAAAAGCCCUCAAUAAGAAUGAACUAUUAUUUACACAUAGAAGGACGCUAAUAGGAGACACCACUUAUAAGUAUAAUACAUUUGGGAAAACCUAUGAUGAGUCAGCUCUCCUUACCCAAGAGGAAAUGCAUGUAGACGAAGCUCCUAGUAGCCGUAACAGAUGGGGAAAAAUCUCUUCUGGAAAAUCAAAGUUGAGUCUUCAUAGCACUCAUUUUGAAGACCAUGCAUGUAAUCUAAUUGGGAAUGAUUUCAGCAAGAAAUUGUGUUUCACUCAGUUUCAGAGAUCUCAAGGAGGAGAGAAAUCUUCUGAAUAUACUUUCUGUAAGAUCAUGAAUCUCAAUAAACAAAACAAACAUAUCAGUGACAAACUCUAUGAAUGUGAAGAAUGUAGGAAAAUUUUCUAUCAUAAGUCAGCCCUCAGUAGACAUCAUAGAACUCACACUAGAGUAAAACCCUAUGAAUGUAAAGAAUGUAGGAAACCAUUCUACUGGAAGUCAGCCCUCACUAGACAUCAGAUAAUCCACACAGGUGAAAAGCCCUAUGAAUGUAAAGAGUGCAGUAAAACUUUCAACUGGAAGUCAGCCUUCACUGUACAUCAGCAGACUCACAGAAGUGAGAAACCUUAUGAAUGUAAGGAAUGUGGGAAAACUUUCUAUCAUAAGUCAUCCUUCAAUAGACAUCAGAGAAAUCACACAGGGGAGAAACCCUAUGAGUGUAAUGAAUGUAUGAAAACUUUCUGCUACAUGUCAGAACUCACUGUACAUCAGAGAAUUCAUACAGGUGAGAAGCCCUAUGAGUGUAAUGAGUGUAGGAAGAUGUUCUCUCAGAAGGCAGAACUCACUGUUCAUCAGAGAACGCACACAGGGGAGAAACCCUAUGAAUGUAAAGAAUGUAGGAAAACUUUCUCUCAAAAGUCAUCUCUCACGGUACAUCAGAGAACUCACACAGGAGAGAGACCCUAUGGAUGUAAAGUAUGUAGGAAAACUUUCUACCAGAAAUCAAACCUCACUGCACAUCAGCGAACGCACACAGGAGAGAAACCAUAUGGCUGCGAACAAUGUUCUAAAACUUUCUACUCGAAGUCAGAACUAACUAAACACCAGAGAAUUCACACAGGUGAGAGGCCCUAUGAAUGUAAAGAAUGUAAGAAAUCUUUCCAUUGGAAGUCAGGCCUCACUGUACAUGAGAAGACUCACACAGGAGAGAAGCCCUAUGAAUGUAAAGAGUGUAGGAAAACUUUCUACGUGCUCUCGUCCCUCAAUAUCCAUCAGAGAUCGCAUACAGGCGAGAAACGCUACAAGUGUAAAGAAUGUAGGAAAACGUUUGACUGGAAGUCAAGUCUCACUAUACAUCAGAGAACACACACAGGAGAGAAGCCUUAUGAAUGUAAAGAAUGCAGGAAAGCUUUCUACCAGAAAUCAACCCUCAGUAGGCAUGAGAGAAUUCACACAGGAGAGAAAUCUUAUGAAUGUAAGGAAUGUAGGAAAACUUUCUACCAGAAAUCAGCCCUUAACAGGCAUCAGAGAACUCACUGGAGAGAGAAACCCUAUCAGUGUAAAGUAGGAAAUCUCUCACGAGGGAGCCCUCACUUCACCUGAGCGAACUCCAAGGGCUGGGCCCUGUGUGGUCCUGUGUGCAUUUUUUUGACUUUUGGGCAAACAUCCUGCAUUUCUCAACCUCCAUUUAUCAGGAGACUUUGUCCCUGAUGUCCAGAAGGGAUGAGCAGUCUACCAAGAUUGACCAUGUACCAAAAAAACCUUUUUUUCGUGUUCCUCCCCAAUUUUUCUACCUCUGUGUCCCUAAGUGCAAAUGAAUGCCAAGGUUUAUCUCAUCACAUGGAGAGGACAGCAUGACUUAAGAGAUUGAGAAGAGGGAGAGCACAGCCUUGUCACUUUACCUCAGAAACCUCCCUGUACUCUUCCUGAGUGACAAGUAUUUACUCUCUUGUGCCCUUCCAUGUGUUCUCUUUAUAACAGUAACAGUCGCACGUGAUCAGUUCACUUUAUAAAUUUCAUACAGUCUUACGUAUUGACCAACCCUCAUGUUGAAACUUCAAACAGGAUAGAACCUGUGUCGAUACCCUUCAUCCUCAGCCCAUGGAGAGAAGGUCAGAGAGAUAGUAGGAAGAACCAAAGAACACAAAAUGGAGACUGCAUUUGCAGUUUACUCAUGGAACGCUCAGAAUAACAUCAAACCUCAGAAGUAUCUCUAGUGGGUCAAAAUAGUCAACAAAAUUAACAAAUUGACAUACAUCCAAGAAUCCUCCCUUAAGCUUAGGUAAUGUGGAUGAAAAUUUCAGACAGAAAUGUUCAAAAUCAUGUCAAAAAAAUUGCUAACUCUGAAGCCCAGUAGCGUGGCCCCUGGCAUGGCCUUUCCUCCAGGGCAUGUUUCACUGCGUGUGUCCUGGUGUGUCAUUUUUUCAGUCUUGGAGCAGUGGAAGGGCACUGAAGAUGGCCAGGGGCUGGGAGUAGAUUCUGUCUCAGUGGCAUGUGCGAGGACACGUUACCAAACUGUGUGAGGUGUGACACUGUUCCCACGUUUAGCAGCUGCAGAAUGUCACAGCCACUCUGUCCAGAGUCGGCACAGCCUUCACAUGCAGCUUUACCAAAUAGCUCCGCAAUCUUAACUUUCUGUAUUUGUGUCAAAAUCUGGGAUCCUGUGGGUUUGUAGUGUCUCUGUGCAUAUCAGCCUGUGUGUGUACCUGGGAGAAGGGCAGGAGGCCCUGGGGUGUGUGGCACUCUCCUGGGGGUGGGGACGUGAUGGCAUGAGGCAGAUGCCUGGGAAAUCUCCAUCAGUGUUCAGAAUGACGCAGCUGGGAGUAAAAUAACCCCAACUGGAUUUCUGUCAAGGCACAUGUGUUUUUAGGGUAAGGAGGGCCAACCUUGUGAGCUAAGUCAUACACCAGGAAACACGAUGGAAUCCCUGGCGUCAAAGCAGAAAAAGCAGCGCAUGUCCAGUCAGGUCUGCCCAAACCUUCAGAGUUGGUCUGGGACCUCCCUGGAGGUUUCAGGGUCCAGAGAACAGCUGUCUCCAAAGCAGGUGUCACAUCCAGCGCUGAACUUCCAGCACUGAACUUCUGGGCCUGGCAGUCCCCUCUGGCACGUGAGCCGGGGGUGUCCUUUCUAGCAGAUGCCCACUGGGGUGCUGUGAGCCCUGGUUUUCUGGCUCUGGCAGUCCAGCAAUUGCUGAGCUACUUGAGUAACCUGAAAGUAGCUGUGGGCCUGAGCUUGACUAGCAGAUCCCAUUUGAGGUCCUGGGGUUGUGGGGGCAGAGCAGCAAAGUCGAGGCUGGCAUCCAGCCGCCUCCUGCACAGUCACACCCUCAGCUAGGGUUGGCCACAUCUCAGAGUUUCUGACUGUCCCAGGUUUUUCCAGAUUCUGUUGUAGUUAGGUUGAAGUGAUCGGGCCUGAUGUGUGGAUUCUUCAUGAGAAGACAGGUUGAUUGUUAAACGUCAGUGGCUCUUGUUGCUCCAGUAUUAGCCUGCUGGCCAAUGAUGAGGGUCUUUGACUCAGUUCUCAGAUUGGUUGUGACAGGAAAGCCUGCAGGGUCUUUGGGCCUUGGGGCUUGUGUUAGUCAGAAUUGAUGACGUGAAGCUUGAGUGUUUGCCACACAGGCUUCUGCAGCAGCUUACUUGCAAGUUUGGGGCUGCUUUGCAGUCCAGUGAGAGCACCCUGCCAGUACUGAGGAGAUACACAGAGCAGGGCUCACUCUGAGCAGACCAUAGCAAUGGCCCUGGAACGCUCAGUUCCUUCUUGGGGAGACUUUCUAAAGGGCCUCAUUUAAUGGGUUGUCACAGACCUGGAGGUUAUACUUCUCCCUUUCAAUAGGAAGAAGAUGGGCUCUCCCUGGUGGUGCAACGGGUUAAAGCACCUCGCUGCAAAGCUCUCAGAAGCCACUGCAGCACAC